GACGCCUUUGCACUGGGCUGCAGCAGCAGGGAAAGCUGACUGUGUGCAGGUACUGCUUGAUCUGGGGGUAGACAGCAGCCCUCGAGACAUCAAUGAAAACACUCCUCUGACAUACGCAAUGUACUGUGGGCACACAGAAUGCAUCAAGCUGCUGUCUCAGGAGAGCAGUAGAUCUGAGCCAGUUCAUCAGUUUCCCUCCCAGAACAACAGACUCCUAAAGAAAGAAGGACGAUUCAGUAUACUGAACUAUAUCUUCUCUGGCAAAAAGAAGAAAGAUGAUCAGAAAACCAGUCAGGAGAGAAGCAGAGACCAAUGUCCUAGAGAAGAGACCUCAGAAGUAGAUGACAUCAUCACCACUUUUGAUUGCAUUAUGGACACAAACUGCAAAGACAUUCCAGAUGAGCAUGUGACCACCACUGACUUCAAAAGAAGGAGCACAGACACAAAGUACCUCAUACCAGAAGAGAAGCAACCAGAGCGUGAGGGACCUCUGCCCAGCAGAACCCAGAGCCUCCCUCCAAUCACUGUGGGCAAUUCCUUCCUAACUGCUUCCCAGAGCACAACUUCAAGCUUCUCCACCACCACCAGCACCCAGCAUUUUGCACACAAGUCUCAAAAGAGUAGGAGUGAACUCAACUUGCUGGACAACAGAAGCAGCUGUCAGGUUUUGUUGGAUGAUCCCUGGAACACAGACUCUAACCAGCUACUCUCCUACAAACUCUGUAGUAGGACUCCUUCAGACAAAUUGAUAAAUGGCUUAAACUCUGAUAGAUCUCACCAUGUGCUUUUGUGCCCUCCCCGCCUUCCCUCACUUCCUAGUUCUCCAUCAGGUAAAGAUUUUCAACAGAAGUCCAUAGACCAACACAAAGUAAAAAAUCUUACUCCUGUAUGGAACAGCCUAGCUCCCAUACCUAGCCACUGUGCUCACAAAA